AUGGAUGUUAAUCAGUUUGGUGGGAUUGUGACAGUGCUUUCACUGCUUAUCAUCGCUUCCAAUGCUCUGGUGAUCGUGGUGUUGGCCCUGAUGAUUUCUAAGAACAGAUCUGCCAGCUUGUACUUCAUCUUGAACCUGGCAGUUGCAGACAUGCUUGUGGGAUUCACCUGCUUUGGAACCGCAGUGAUAGUGCUCAGCAGACAGAGCUUUGCUACCACUGGGACUUUAUGUAUAUUGCGGAUUUCACUUUUAAUGUCACCAUCUGCUGCCUCAGUCUUAACGAUGGUUUCUGUGGCUUUUGACCGUUUUCUAGCCAUAAAGCUACCUUUACGGUACUGCCAACUAAUGACUGACAAAAUGGUGGCUAUGAUCAUUGCAGGGCUCUGGAGCAUAGCGCUUUUAAUUGGAUUCCUUCCAGCAAUCUUUCAGCAACUAAAACCUGAUAAAUAUAAUAACUGUAACCUGUUCUCCGUUGUCAAUCCUAACUACAUUAUAGUUGUGUUUUGUUCUUGCUUUGUUCCUGCCUCAUUAACUGUUGUCUACUUCUACAGUGUAAUCCUCAAAAUAGCAUAUUCACACACACGGCAAAUCCUAGAGAGUGAGCGGGUCAGCUCUGCCUCCAGCCCAGCCACCCCGCCACGCUGCCACAUCCGAGACGUUAAGGCGGUGAGGACCAUAGGGAUUCUUGUUGGAUGUUUUAUGGUUGCCUGGGCUCCAUUCUUCAUUGCAAGUAUCGUGCAAGCAUGCUGCAUUGAAUGCCAAUUGCAUAUAAUUAUUGAAGACUACCUCUGUCUUCUUGGCCUUUCCAAUUCCCUGAUGAAUCCAUUGAUUUAUUCCUACUGGCAAAGGGAUGUGAGAGUGCAACUUUGUCAGAUGUGCUGCUGUGCAAAAUUCAGAAUCACCCAAGUUCUUAGCUUCAGUUGUCAGCGGGAAGCAGGUGACAUCCAGAAUCCUGGUACAGAGAGAGGGGAUGACAAUCAAUUACGUGGAUCCUGUACAGCAAUUGGGAUUGCCAGUUAUCCAGUGACAACAAAUACAUUUAAAGGUAUGUGA